CGCAAGGAGGAGUCGGAUUACAGUAAGGAUGGGCAGUGCAGCAGGCAGCCCCGGCGCACGCUCCAGCCGCAGGGGAUCGUAGCCUGGGAGCCUGGGAAAGGGGCCGGCAGCCUGCGAGGCGCUCAGCCCGCCGCCGCCCGGGACGCACGCUGGGCGGGCGCUCGCCGCUCGAGGCUCCGGGGACGUCUCCGCCGACUGGAGCAUGAAAGGGCUCUGCUCCGGGAGUCAGCCCUGGGUGCGAGCGGAUGCUGAAGACGCCGCGGUGGGGUUCCAGCUGUCCGAUUAAUGAGACACAUAAUGUAUUUUGGUGGUACAUGCCAGAGCCCUGCUCUCCCAGCCCUGGUCCGUCCACCAGCCCCACCUUUGCAACCGUCGCUGGAUAUUAAACCCUUCCUUCCUUUUCCUCUUGACACUGCAGCAGCAGUCAACCUCUUCCCCAAUUUUAAUGCGAUGGACCCGAUUCAGAAAGCUGUAAUAAAUCAUACAUUCGGGGUUCCUCUUCCUCAUCGAAGAAAGCAAAUCAUAUCAUGCAACAUUUGCCAGUUGAGAUUUAAUUCUGAUAGCCAGGCUGCGGCCCACUACAAAGGCACGAAACAUGCCAAGAAGCUCAAAGCACUGGAAGCCAUGAAAAAUAAGCAGAAAUCUGUCACUGCCAAGGACAGCGCAAAGACUACCUUCACCUCCAUCACUACCAAUACCAUCAACACCAGCUCUGACAAAACAGACAGUACCACAGGGACACCAGCAAUAUCAACGACGACAACUGUGGAAAUUCCCAAAAACAGUGUUAUGACAACUGAGAUAACCUCUAAAGUGGAAAAGAGCCCCACAACCGCCACUGGCAAUAGCUCCUGUCCUUCUACGGAGACCGAGGAAGAAAAGGCAAAACGGCUUCUUUACUGUUCGCUAUGCAAGGUUGCUGUCAACUCUGCCUCACAGCUGGAGGCGCACAACAGUGGUACAAAGCACAAAACCAUGCUAGAAGCCCGGAAUGGAAGUGGGACUAUCAAAGCCUUUCCUAGGGCAGGUGUGAAAGGCAAAGGACCAGUCAAUAAGGGAAACACAGGCCUGCAAAACAAAACGUUUCACUGUGAAAUCUGUGAUGUGCACGUCAACUCGGAAACACAACUUAAACAGCACAUUAGCAGUAGAAGGCACAAAGACAGAGCUGCUGGGAAGCCCCCGAAACCCAAAUACAGUCCUUACAACAAACUCCAGAAGGCAGCACAUCCACUGGGGGUAAAAUUAGUAUUUUCAAAAGAACCGUCAAAGCCAUUGGCUCCACGAAUUCUACCCAACCCGCUGGCAGCUGCUGCAGCUGCUGCUGCUGUGGCGGUGAAUUCCCCCUUCAGUCUCCGAACUGCCCCAGCAGCAACGCUGUUCCAGACUUCUGCACUCCCACCUGCGCUCCUGCGGCCCGCCCCAGGGCCCAUUCGGACCACCCACACUCCUGUACUGUUUGCUCCUUACUGAAUUCCACAAGGGAGUCAUUGUACUGCAAUAAUUUUUCAAAAAACACAAAACAAAACAAACAAAAGAGAACUAUGCAGUGUUUAUUUAUCGUUUAAAGUCUAUCUGAAGAGCCAGGACUUUUGAUA